AUGGAAGAAAAAUACUCUGUAUAUCUUUCAACAUAUAUGUUACCUCGUCUUGCCAGCACUUUUGCUGCACAUCCUUUCGAAAAAAUGGAAAAGAACGACCUACAUGGCAAUGGAUUGAAGAACAUACCCGAAUCUGCCGAUAUUCUUUGGAUUGAAGGAUUUCUUCCGCCUUUCACCAAGGGAAAGAAUCCUAUCCAUAUACUACAGUAUAUGGAUAAAGUGAAACUUUCCAAUUUUGACGAAUGUUGCCCAUCUAUCUCCCCUGAAAUGCAUCGAAGACUUUGUUGCACAAUAUGUGGCAAAGAUUUUCCAACACUUAAAAUAAUUACGGACCACAAAAAAACCACUCACCCUCGUCAAAGAGAUAUCCAAGAAACCUCCUCAACACAACCAAUGUUUAUGCCUCCACCAACACCUAUUUCUCCAAUUCGUCGCCAAGAUAAUGUCCAAAAGAUGGUCUCAAUACAGUCAGCAACUAUACCUCCGAUUGCUACAGAUACAGAAUUUUUUGCUGCACUUGACCAGUUGCUAGGGCGCCAGGACUUAGUAACCAACUCUGCGUUUGUAGAAGACUUCACGUUUCUCUUUCCGCCAAUGUUGAAUCUAAGAGCACUGAUGUUAAGUAUGUGA